GCCCAUUAUACGAGGGUUUGAGCCCAACCAACUGUGUCAGUAGAGUAGAGUAGGACGACUGUAUCAAUCAUCCCGCCGGCCGCCGCCGCCGCCGCUCAAAUCCGAUCCCGAUUCGAUUCGGUUCCGGCGGCCGCCCACCCUCUCCUCUCCUCUCCGGACCACCACGAGCGGCGAUGCGCGGCGGGCGCUCGGGGGGCGGCGGCGGCGGGGGGCUGCGGAACCCCUGCCUGACGAUGCACCAGCCGUGGGCGUCGCUGCUGGUGCACGGCAUCAAGCGCGUGGAGGGCCGCUCCUGGCCGCCGCCGGUCACCGGCCGCCUCUGGAUCCACGCCGCCUCCAAGGUGCCCGACCCCGACACCGUCGCCGCCAUGGAGGACUUCUACCGGGAGAUCUACGCCGUCGACGGCGUCCACCACAUCGACUUCCCCCAGCACUACCCCGUCUCCCGCCUCCUCGGGUGCGUCGAGGUGGUCGGCUGCGUGAGGUCCGAGGAGCUGGUCUGCUGGGAGGAUGUGCCUCAAUCAGUCAGGCUCGAAGGCUUGACUGACUUCUGCUGGCUUUGUGAGAAUCCACAGAAGCUGGUGGUUCCGUUCGAGAUGCGCGGUUACCAGGGCGUGUACAAUUUGGAAAGAAGGGUCUAUGAGGGAGCGGCCAGGGGUCUUUCGCCUGUUCAAGGUCCACUGCCUGUCAAGUUCCCGCUUCCAGAUCCCAGAAACCCAUUAUCUCUCAAGCCAGGGUCUCUUAAUUUCGACUCUUCAAAGUCCGCCCUGGUCAAAACUGAGAGUGUUUCUGCAGCGAUAGCUGGGGCUAGAGCUGCCGCGACUCAGUAUUCGAGGAAGGGUAGUAGUGCUGCCACUAGUAGUGAGAUUCAAACUCGAGGGAAAUCGAGAGAUAAUCGUGCCGAUGGCAGUUCAGGGAGUGGUGCUCUGCCAUCUGUUUUCCAGAACAGUUCAUCCCAUCUGCAAACCCAGGAUCCGUCACCUGUUGUCCAGAACACUCCAUCCCAUCCGCAAAACAAGGAUCCAUCCCCUGUUGUCCAGAACAGUUCAUCCCAUUCGGUAAACCAGAAUCCAUCGCCUGUUGUCCAGAACAGUCCAUCCUACUCGCAAACUCGGGAUCCUCAGUAUAUUGCUCAGAGCAGUCUAUCCUACGCGCAAACUCGGAAUUCUCAGUAUAUGGUUCAGAGCAGUCCAUCCUGUUCGCAAACUCAGAAUCCUCGGUAUAUGGUCCAGAGCAGUCCAUCCUAUUCGCAAACUCAGAAUCCUCGGUAUAUGGUCCAGAGCAGUCCAUCCUAUUCGCAGAACCAGAGUCAGUCGUCCAAUAUCCAGAGCACUCCAUUCUAUUUCCAUGACCAGAAUCCGUCGUCCAAUGUACAGAACAGUCCAUUCUACUUGCAUAAUAACCAGAAUCAAUCGUCCAGUGUCCACAACACUCCAUCCUAUUUCCAUUAUCAGAAUCAAUCUUCCACUGUCCACAACAGUCCAUCCUAUUCUCAUAACCAGAAUCCACCAUCCAAUGUCCAGAACCACCCAUCCCAUCUGCAAAACCAUAACCCAUCUCCCGUUGCCCAUAACAGUCCAUCAUUUUUGCAACACCAGAACGCCGAGCCUCGGAGAAGUCCCAGACUACAGGGUGGAGCUCCCCACAGGCUUGUUGCAGCGGCGCUGAGAGACCUGAAGCAAUCAAGCUUGCGCGAGAGCGGGGAGCAGUCGUCAGCUCCCCGAAGCUGACCUGAAUAAUCUGACGAUGAAUUAAGGUUCUUAUUCAUCGGUGCGGCAUUGUGCGAUGAUACCGGCUCCUUAAUUGUGUACACUGUAGCAUUUACCCAUACGUUUCGGACUGAAGGUAGCGUGGCGUAGCAUGACAGUAUGGUUGUGAAUGUGUAAGGGGCGACGCUGUGCCGUGUCCUGUUGAGCUUUCACUGCAAGGCGUAGCAGGUCAUGUAUUCUCAUGUAACAUACUGAACUUAGGGUUGUUUUGAAAUACUCUAGUGCUUAGACUAGUUGGUGGUUGGAUGUGUAUCUCAUACAUUGACAGUUAUGGGACGAUCUACCAUAGUGACGUGUGGGCCAAAAGUGCAUGGGGAAUGUGAAGCAGUAAUAUUGUGCUGCACAUUAUAUAA